AUGCAAUGGGACGUUGUCGUAUUCUCCGUGGCCACUGGCAUCGAUCCGGUCAAUUAUAGGAAAGAAGCGGAAUAUUUUCGAAAAGUGGGCUUUGUUGAGUUCGAAGAUUAUGUUGUGGUCAAUGAUGCUUGCGAAGACGUCGGAUCUGGUGGAAGUGCGCUUAACGCGAUUCUCCUAGCUGCUGAAACGCUAUCAGCCAAAAGAGGGUACACAAUUUUGACGAAAGAUGCUCUUUCUUCUUCAAGGGUCCUUAUUUUGUUAAUAGGUUCGAAUUCCGCGUUGGCACCAAUCGACGAUAAACUAGUAAAAUGCAAAAAUGGGUAUAUUUGUAAUUCGGCUCUUCGAACAGCAAUUAUGAAUGCAAGUGAGAUGGGCGAUUUUGAGGGAAUUUGGAUAAUGGGCACUGAUUCUACAUGGACCCUUGAUGAAUAUCAUCCGAUCAUUAGCAAUACUUCAAUCGUUGCGUUUUCAUUCGAUGGCGACGAGCGCUUUUUGAAGGAUCAUGGCGUUUAUGAGGUUGAUAAGAAUCAUAUGGUAACUGGCAUUCGAUUCCGUCCGGGACCCGUCGUUUUGCCGAACAUCAUUCUUGGCGGUGUGAUCCUGCCGCCGAUGAUCGCAUCGGAGCUUCUCACGUGCAUUACGGUUUAUCCGAUUAGCGCGAGCACUUAUUAUGGAGUUGAUAGCGGCGCUUUUGGCUUGAAGCUUUCCCUUAUAUUCGACAUUGUGCAGGCGACUUGUGAGAAGGACGAGCAGAAAUUCAUCGAGAAUCGAAUCGGCAGCGAGAAGAUUGAGAAUCGGCGAAUUGAGAUGCAUCACACAUUGUCAGUACGUAAUUAUCAAUAUUUGGAAAAGAACGUGGAGUGGAGAUAUUGGAACAAAUUUUAUGAUGAUUUGAUGAAGAAAAUUGUGAGUAUCGUGUUCACCGAUAGAGAAUCUGAUGAUUCUCUGCCAAAAUUGCUGAAAUCGGUGAUUCAAUUGAAGAAAAUCUUUAAUAUUAAUCGUAAUUCUUAUAUGAAGUUGCUCGAAAAUGAAAUUUCGAAAAGACCCGAAAAAUACACGGCAAGAGCUCUUUAUACAAUUGCUCUUGGGUUGACGAUGGAAGCGAACUCGCACGGUGGUCUUCGUUCGGGUCCCGCCGAGAAUCCGAAAUUCUACAGUGCACUUCAAGCGCUUCGAAAUGGUGUGGGAAAUGAGGCAUUGAGUCGGAUUUUUACCGAAAUUGAGAAUAAUUGGAUGGAUGAGCCGAUGAGAAUGACGCGAGCCGCGAGGCAUUUGGAAGCUGCCGCUCAAAUAUUUAUUUCCAGACGAGUUGAUCAAUUUUGCGAUAAUUAUCCGAUUGCUUGUACAAUUGGAGAACAUGGCGAACGGGGAGUAUUCCAAAUCCAAAAUAGGGAGAAGCCAUAUGAGAUUUCCAACUUCCGGGCGGCAUGCUCGACACCAUCGAAUCCCGCGUGCCUAUUGGCUGCUUGUUUGGUCUCAUUGGGCUUUGAGACGAGCUACAGUUUUUUGAAGGAGGCCGGAUUCGAGGGAAUCCGAUUCUGUUUGGAUACGAGUAUUCCGCAGGGCUCCGGACUUGGCACAUCUUCCAUUAUGGCGGCGGCGAUAUUGAAAGGAACAAGACGGAUUUUGGGAUUGGCUGAUUAUGAAAAUGAGAAUGAGGCUCUUGUUCAGAUGGUGCUUAAAGUUGAGCAGAUAAUGACAACUGGUGGCGGAUGGCAGGAUCAGGUUGGAGCACUGUACCCGGGACUCAAAAUUGCAACCGUUCGCGAUAAUCGAAUCCAUGUUGAGCAUUUGCCAUUAAAUGCUGACUUUUGUCAUGAAAUUCACAAAAGGCUAAUGAUUAUUUACACAGGGAAACCGAGAUUGGCCAAGAACAUGUUGCAGGAAGUUAUUCGUAAUUGGUAUAAAGGUGGACAAACUCGUGAGUCUAUUACCAAUUUGCGGGAUGAAAUGCAUUCUUUUAAAGAGAAAUUGUCGCGAGGAUUCAUGCCGAUUGAAGAAAUUCGCAAUUAUUAUUUAACAAAAAAGCUUCUGACGAGUGGCUGUGAGCCGGGUCAUGUCAGAUGUCUCAUAAAGUAUAUUUCACGAUAUUGUGAAACCUGUUGGAUGGCGGGUGCUGGUGGUGGCGGAUUCCUCUAUGUAUGGUUGACGAAUCAUUGGAAAUUCGAGGAUGUCUAUACGCAUGUCGUCAAAAAAUUCCCUGAAAUGACUUGCCAUCGAAUUACGGUUGCGAAUUGA